AUGGCAUAUCGCUCCACUCCCUGCCCGUCUGCGCCUGACCAGUGUUCACUUGCCGAAGCUCUAAUGUUACCUUCUAGAGAUCUCACAAACGGAACAUGCGACAGUAGAGGUGUUGGUGGAGUUGGCGUCUUCGUCAACACGAGUAUGGCAAAGAACAUCGACUCUUUGGAACAACUUACGACCCGAAUCAGACGUCUGCGGAUGAGAAGAUGUGGUCCAACGCCAGCGUUGACUAUCUUCGUCGCUUACGCUCCAACAUCAAGCUACGAAGAAGAAGAAGUCGAAGCUUUCUAUAUGGACCUGGAGAAGUUCUAG